AUCCUCUUCGCUUCUUUAAACUACAAAACCCACGAAAACCUCAACCAAAUUUCUUGAUUUCACUUAUUACAGAACCUUCAAUGGAAGACAAUCAUGUCAGCCAUGAUCAUGAAGAACACAUAGAACUGCCUCCAGGCUUCCGGUUUCAUCCUACUGACGACGAACUCAUAAUUCACUACUUAUAUCGGAAGGUGUUUGAUGAUUCUUUUGCAAGUCGAGCCAUUGGAGACGUUGAUUUGAACAAAUUCGAGCCAUGGGAGCUUCCAUUGAGGGCGAAAAUUGGGGAGAAAGAAUGGUAUUUCUUUUGUGUUAGAGAUCGAAAAUACCCAACUGGUUUAAGAUCGAAUAGAGCUACAGAAAUGGGGUAUUGGAAGGCUACAGGGAAAGAUAGAGAAAUUUAUAAAUCAAAAACACUUGUGGGAAUGAAGAAAACUCUUGUGUUUUAUAAAGGUAGAGCUCCGAAAGGAGAAAAGACGAACUGGAUCAUGCAUGAGUAUAGAUUAGAAGGAAGAUUAAAGAAUCUCUCUGCAUCAUCAAAGGGUGAGUGGGUGAUUAGUAAGGUAUUUGAAAAAAAUUGUGGAGGGAAGAAAAUUCACAUUUCUGGGGUUUCGGGCAUUAAUUGCAAUUCCUAUGAAGAUGAAUUAGAGCCUUCAAAUUUGCCUCCAUUAAUGGAUGUCUCAAGAACAAUAUCCGAAUCUAUCCAAGAACAGAAACCUACCAAGGAAGACUUGAUUGAAACUUACAACAAAUCAAUUUCCAUGAUGCCUUCAAUGAAUGAUAAUAUUUUUGGGUUUUCAAACAACCAAAUGGUUCCAAACAUUGAAUACUUGCAGUACUAUGAUCCUUCAAUUCUCAUGCUCUUGAUUGAUAAAGAUGAUCAUUCAAACAUGCAACAAAACCCAAAAAGUGAAUUUGGGAACAAUCAAGAUUAUGCCAUGAAUUUAGCUGGAUUAGUGGACCUUGAUUGGGUUUGGAAUUAUUAAGUUUAUAGAGUUGCAUGAAAGGUUUAGUAUCUUUUUGAUUAAUUCUAAUGAUUUGAAGGAAAUUAAGGCGGAUUUAAAACAUGUAAAUUAUCAAAGUAGUGGGGUUUUGUUGUUUGGUUUGAGGAAACGAUUUGUUGUUAUAAGUAUACGAAC